GUCAUGAAGGAGUUGGAUCCAUGAGCCUAAUCUACAGGGGCUGGGCUUGCUGCAUAAGGAAAAACAAAACAAAACAAACUGUCAGUACAAUUGUAAAACGACUUGGUCCAGCCUAUGACCCAUUAGGCCAACUGGGAUUUAAUGAUUUCGGCCCAAGAGAUCAAGAUACCUCUGUUUAGGUCCCUAUCCCUAAAUAUAGAUAAAAGACAUGUGGUUUUCCUAGAAAAUUUAUUUUAUUUUGAUGCAAUUGCAAACCCCAAUAAUUCCUCACCUUCUGUGUUGCAUGACUUUUCUCUUGAUCAUAAUGCUCCAGUAGAACAAGUUUCCAUUGAUCAAUUCCAUGCAGCAGAUGACCAACCUCAAACUUGUUCCUUUCACCAACCAGAAGAUGGUACACCUGUGGAUGCUCAAUCAGAGGCUGUUAGCAUUCCUUGCUGGAAGGAAGCUAUGGAUUCUGAAUUAAGUGCUUUAUUGGAGAAUGAUACUUGGGAUAUGGUACCUUGUCCUUCUGAUGUGUCUAUUAUUGGUAGCAGGUGGGUCUUUUCUGUUAAGCUCAAAGCAGACGGUAGUAUUGAGCGGUAUAAAGCAAGACUUGUUGCCCAAGGUUAUAAGCAAGAGUAUGGAAUUGAUUACGUAGAAACAUUUGCACCAGUGGCUAAAAUGACUACAGUGAGAUUACUUAUUGCUCUUUCGGCAAUGCAUCAGUGGCCUAUUUCUCAAAUGGAUGUGAAGAAUGCUUUUCUGCAUGGGAAUUUGAAAGAAACUGUUUAUAUGAAGCCUCCUCCAGGUUAUUCACAUUCUCAAUCCAUGGUUUGCAAAUUAAAGAGAUCAUUAUAUGGUCUUAAGCAAGCUCCUCGAGCUUGGUUUGAACGCUUCCGUCAAGUUAUUGUGGAUGCUGGGUAUGUUCAGAGUUCUCAUGAUUAUUCUUUGUUCAUGCAUAACUCUCCGCAAGGUGUUACUCUACUUUUGAUUUAUGUUGACGAUAUGCUUAUUACUGGUAGUAAUAAGGAAGGUAUUGCUAAGUUGAAAGAGUUACUUUGUCGUUCUUUUCAUAUGAAAGAUUUGGGGCCACUGACUUAUUUUCUUGGUUUAGAAGUUCACUCAUCUUCUCGAGGUAUGCGGUGAAUCAACGGAAGUAUGUUCUGGAUUUGAUCCAAUUUGCAAAUUUAUCUGAUGAUAAGUGUGUUGACACUCCAAUGGAAGUAAAUGUCAAGCUUCGGCAGGAGGAUGGUGAAAAACUCUCUAAUCCUAGCUUUUAUCGUCAACUUGUGGGUCGCCUCCUUUAUCUUACU